AUGUCCGAUGAGGAGGAGGAUGAUGUCAACUUCAAAGCUGGAGUGGAAAUCACAAGUGGUAAAGCCACAUAUACAGUUGUUCGUCUUUUGGGAGAAGGAGGAUUCGGAGCAGUGUAUCUUGUGAAGGAUGGAAAAGGGAAGCAGUGUGCGAUGAAGGUGGAGAGAAAGAUCGAGAAAAGAAAGCAUUCGAAACUGAAAAUGGAGAUUGCUAUUCUGAAAUUGGUCAAUGGAAAACACUUCACUAAGAUUGUGGAUCGUGGAAAGAAAGAUAAAGAAGGAUUCUUCUUUCUGGUGAUGGAGUUGGUUGGGAAGAGUCUGAGUGAUCUGAAAUCGGAGAGACAGGACAAAGUUUUCUCAUUUGCCACGGGCCUUGGAGUUGCCAGUCAAUGUCUGGAAGCAGUUGAAGAACUUCACAAGGAAGGAUUCAUCCAUCGAGACCUGAAACCGCAAAACUAUGCGUGUGGAUUGGAUGAUAAGAGACAUCUUAUCUACAUUCUCGACUUCGGAAUUGCUCGAAAAUAUUUGAACACUAAAAAUGAGUUGAAGACACCAAGAGAAACAGUCGGAUUCAAGGGAACAGUUCGAUAUGCUCCGAUCGCCUGUCAUCGAAACAUCGAGAUGGCUCCAAAGGAUGACGUGGAGAGUUGGUUCUACCUUCUCAUUGAUCUCAUUCUGGUUGGAAGUGUUCCUUGGAGAAAACUGACUGAUAAACACGAAGUGUUGAAGAUGAAAGAGGAGUGCCGUAAAGAUAAGAGAUCCCUUUUGUACAAUGGCAUCAAACAAACAACUGAAUUGAACAAAAUACUCGAUUACAUCGAUUCGAGAGCAUAUCAGGAUCGUUUGGACUAUCAGUUCAUCUACAAAUCACUUUCUGAAGCAUGCACUGCGGCUGGAAUGGAUAUCGAUGCACCAUAUGAUUGGGAGAGAGAAAAGGAAGGAACAAGUGCUGAGAAAUCGAAAUAA